CGCCGCCGGCGUCCCUCCCAAGCAGAAGCGAUCGAGAAAAACCCUCGUCGCUCUCUCCCCCUCCUCCUCCUCCUCCUCGUCCGCCGCCGCCACCUCAGAUCUCCAUCUUCCCACCCCCAAACCCUCCCCGAACCCACGCGAGCUCUCCGCCAUGGCGUCCAUGAUGCAACCGCAGAUCAUCCUGCUCAAGGAGGGGACGGACACGUCGCAGGGGCGCGCGCAGGUGGUGAGCAACAUCAACGCGUGCACGGCGGUGGCGGACACGGUGCGCACCACGCUGGGGCCCCGCGGGAUGGACAAGCUCAUCCACGACGUCAAGGGCGGGACCACCAUCUCCAACGACGGCGCCACCAUCAUGCGCCUCCUCGACAUCAUCCACCCCGCCGCCAAGAUCCUCGUCGACAUCGCCAAGUCGCAGGACUCUGAGGUUGGUGAUGGAACUACCACCGUGGUACUUCUUGCUGCUGAGUUCCUGAAAGAAGCAAAACCUUAUAUUGAGGAUGGAGUACACCCGCACAGUCUAAUUCGCAGUUAUAGAACUGCUGGCCAUUUGGCAAUUGAAAAGGUCAAAGAAUUGGCGACUAGCAUUGAAGGAAAAAGCCUUGAAGAAAAGAAGGCAUUGUUAGCCAAGUGUGCUGCUACAACACUGUCAUCAAAGUUAAUAGGUGGCGAGAAAGAAUUCUUUGCAUCUAUGGUUGUGGAUGCUGUUCUUGCCAUUAGCAACGAUGACAGGCUUAACCUUCUUGGAAUAAAGAAGGUUCCUGGAGGCACCAUGAGAGAUUCCUUCCUUGUUAAUGGAGUUGCCUUCAAGAAAACAUUUUCAUAUGCUGGAUUUGAGCAACAACCAAAGAAGUUCCUGAGUCCAAAGAUUCUUUUGCUGAACAUUGAAUUAGAACUGAAAUCUGAGAAAGAAAAUGCAGAGAUCAGAUUGUCUGACCCUCUGCAAUACCAAUCAAUUGUUGACGCUGAAUGGAAUAUCAUUUAUGACAAGUUGGAUAAAUGUGUAAAAAGUGGGGCAAAAAUAGUCCUUUCUCGGUUGGCAAUUGGUGAUCUUGCAACACAGUAUUUUGCAGACCGGGACAUUUUCUGUGCUGGUCGUGUUGCAGAAGAGGAUUUACAACGUGUUGCAGCAGCAACAGGUGGCACCGUUCAGACAUCAGUUAAUAAUGUCAUUGAUGAGGUACUCGGUUCUUGUGAAGUUUUUGAGGAAAGGCAAGUGGGUAAUGAACGGUUCAAUAUAUUUAGUGGCUGUCCUUCUGGUCAAACAGCAACCAUAGUCCUUCGUGGUGGUGCAGAUCAGUUCAUUGAGGAAGCAGAACGAAGCCUUCAUGAUGCUAUCAUGAUUGUUAGAAGAGCUGUUAAGAACUCAACUGUUGUACCUGGUGGUGGUGCUAUCGAUAUGGAAGUAAGCAAGUACCUCAGACAGCAUGCACGUACCAUAGCUGGGAAAUCUCAAUUUUUUGUUAACUCAUUUGCUAAAGCCCUUGAGGUUAUUCCAAGGCAGCUCUGUGACAAUGCUGGAUUUGAUGCAACUGAUGUGCUCAAUAAGCUCCGACAAAAACAUGCAUCUGGUGAAGGUGCUAAUUAUGGCGUGGACAUCAACACUGGUGGAAUUGCUGAUUCCUAUGCUAAUUUCGUCUGGGAACCUGCUGUUGUGAAGAUCAAUGCUAUAAAUGCUGCAACUGAAGCUGCUUGCCUUAUUCUCAGUGUUGAUGAGACGGUUAAAAAUCCCAAGUCUGAAAGUGCGCAAGGUGAUGCGGCUGCUAGCGCGAUGGCUGGCCGUGGCGGCGGAGCAAUGCGAGGCCGUGGUGGAAGGGGCAUGAGAAGGCGGUAAUCAACUCACGCCACGUCGUUAACUUUGUCACUUGUGUGGGACAGAUUUAGCAGUAGGUUCCUUGCAUUCUGCUCAUAUCCGGAACAUUUUUUUUUUGUGACGCUAUAUGCAUGCCCUGCUCGAUGUAUUUCUGAAUGUGCUUCUCAGAUUUGUAAAAACAUGGCAAAUAUUUCCGUGAUGGUUUGCCUGUUAGUUUUUUUUUUUUUACAUUUAUCACAUUUUGACUGUUUCAAUCAGUGGCAUUCUUAUCCUC